UGCAGAAGCCCCAGGAUCAGAGCUCACUCUCCCAGGCCACAGACGGGUGUUAGAAGAUGGAAGGGAGCAGCCUCAGCCCCAGGAUGUCCAGUGAACAUGAGAAUACAGAGACGUUUCCCUUUGAACUUACAUUUCAACACUUCAAGAGACGGAAAGUGGCAAUUUCUAAUGCAAUAAAAAAUCCAUUUCCUUUUCUUGAGGGCCUCCGAGAUCAUGAAUUAAUCACUGCUAAAAUGUAUGAAGAUCUUCAAGAUUCGUAUAGAGCCCUGGUCCCUGUAGACAAAGUGAUCUACAGAGCCCUGGAUGAACUGGAGAAGAUAUUCAGCAGGAAGGUCCUCUGUGAAGUGUUCAGUAAUGUCAACAUGGAGAAAUAUCCAGAUUUGCAACUCAUUUAUCAAAGCUUUGAACAUGGUAAUUGGGUUUAA